GAAGGACAUGUACUAACUUCCUUUCUCCGGUGUCUCUCAAUAUGAAAGCAACAUUUUGAAGACAAAACUGUUCUGGUGGAGUCCAAAUGGAUUGCCUUUGCCUUCAGUACACCCCUCUAUGGAUUUUGCUUUAAAAGAAGUUUAGGCUGUGCUUACAAGAGGAUUUCCUAACGUCCUUCUUUGUUUUUGCAUAACAGGAAAUAAAGCAUCCACGUUUCUUAGUGGCAUCCGCAAAAGCAAAACUGACAUGAGACAGGGAGACUGAAAGGGGAGGUACACAAAAGCAAUGGAGUUAGGUUCCCCAGAAUUUGUUGCAGUUCACCAGCUGCCACCAGAGGAUGACAUUGUUCUAGGAGAAAAGAGGAAAUACAUAAAGCCAGGUUCUCGGAAUGAUCCUAAAUUGGACGCUCUCCAAAUGUGUCUAAUAGAGUGGAUUAACACAACUCUACAGCAUGAACACAUUGUGGUGAGAAGCUUAGAACAAGACCUAUAUGAUGGAUUGGUCCUUCACCAUCUCUUAGAGAAACUUGGAUCCCUCACUUUGGAAGUAGAGAAGCUUGCAAUGACAGAAAUGAAGCAACGGCUCCAACUUACAGUUAUUCUAGAAACUGUGGACAAGUGUUUAAAACUAGAAGAAAGUGAACUGAAAUGGAGUGUCGAUGCCAUCUUGAAGAAAGAUUUGUUAAGUACGUUGCAUCUCCUAGUGGCCAUUGCUGAGCACUUUCAACCAGAGCUUGCCUUGCCUCCGAAUGUUAAAGUGGAAACAGUCAGUAUAGAGCGCACUUCAAAUGGACUGAGGACAGAAAAUGCAGUAGAGUUCAUUACCAAGAACAGGGAACCUGAAGAAAACUCUUCAAAAGCUGAAAUCUUUGAUGAAUUAUUGAAACAUGCUCCUGAGAAACUGGAUGCUGUAAAAGAGGUACUUUUGAAGUUUGUCAACAAGCAUGUUGGAAAAUUAGGAUUAAACGUAAAAGAUAUUAACACACAGUUUGCAGAUGGAGUUAUUUUACUUUUACUAAUUGGGCAGCUCCAGGGCUAUUUUCUGAAUCUGGGAGAGUUCUUCCUGAAUCCUAGUUCUUCUUCAGAAAUGAUCCAUAAUGUUAAUCUUGCAGUAGAGUUGCUGAUGAAUGAUGGCCUUCUAGACACUCCCAUCAACCCUGAAGAUGUGGUGAACCAAGAUGUGAAUGCCACAUUGCUGCUCUUAUACUGCCUAUUUUCCAAAUUCAAGACCAAAGGGAAAUGAAGAACAAAAAUUGGAAGGCUGAACUCAGACUCACUUUUGUUAGUAAAUAGCCUGAUUUUAAAUGUCAAUGACUGGUUGAUACUUGGCAUCUAUCUCUGCCUGAUAUCUGUACUUGCACCUACGCACCUAGAUGUAGACAUUUUUCAAUUGAUGCGUUUUAGAGUUAGAAGAUGAAACUUGGUGAACACUGAGACUAACCAAUAAUUCUGAAGCUUUUAAGAGGGCUUGCAGGCAAUGUCAAAAUAACUUGUUCUGUGAACUUUGAACCAUAUGAUACUCCUCUUUCACCUCUGAGUGAGGCCACAUUGUAACUAUAAAAGUAAAAAUUACUGUUAUGCUGUACAAAAGAAGCUAUUUCUUAUUAAGUUACAGUUGCAAUGUAAUUUUGUUGCACUGUUGUUACAAGGCAAAUGAAUUAAUUAGAAGCAAAUAGUUAUUUGUAACUGUUUGCUUUCAAACUCUGCAAAGUACUAACUUGUGCAGCAAAUAUUUUGUUGUGAAGUUGAAGGCUUUCAUGGCCGGCAUCCAUAGGCUUUUGUGGGUUUUUUGGGCUAUGUGACCAUGUUCUAGAAGAGUUUAUUCCUGAUGUUUCGCCAGCAUCUGUGGCUAGCAUCUCCAUCUGAAGAUGCCAGCCACAGAUGCUGGUGAAAUGACAGAACAUGGCCACAUAUCCCCAAAAACCAACAAAAAUAUUUUGUUAUUUUAAAAAACGCAAAGGAUUGACAAAUAUAGAACAAGUAUAUUGUUGAUCAUCUCCCUUCCUUUUCUGAAUGCUUUUCUUAUAUGUACUGAAGUGGUAUGAAUAUUUGUGUGAUGAACUAAGACAACUGUAAAAAAAGAAAAGAAAAGAAAA